UCAUUUCUUUCAUUCAUACCGGUUUGACAAUUGACACAAAGAACAAAAUUCAAUUCAUUCAAUUCUCGCGAGUUUGCGGACUAACAGGUGCUUUUGUUGAACGUGCUAUUCAUAAAAGGAAAAAUGUCCAAUCAUGUGGAAAAUGGAUUAUCAAAUGGAACAUCGGCUUUCUUUAAUCUCAAAGAAAUGCCUCACAUUGUGAAACCACUAGACCGAAAUCAAAAAGUUCAUCCUGACAUACUCCAUGUCAUUGGUAAUACUCCCCUUGUUAAGCUCUCAAAGAUACCUCAGCAAGAAGGCAUUCAGUGUGAAAUGUAUGCAAAAUGUGAAUACCUAAAUCCAGGAGGUUCUGUCAAAGACCGCAUUGCCUAUCGAAUGGUGCUAGACGCUGAAAGCAAAGGAAUACUUGUCCCUGGAAAGUCUGUUAUCGUGGAACCAACCUCAGGGAAUACUGGCAUUGGCUUGGCCCUUGCUGCUGCAGUCAAAGGCUACAGAUGUAUAAUAGUGCUUCCUGAAAAAAUGUCUGAUGAAAAAGUGAACACAUUGUUGGCAUUGGGUGCGGAGAUUGUCAGGACCCCCACAGAGGCUGCAUCAACAGACCCCGACAGCAACAUUAUGGUUGCUCACCGCCUCUCAAAAGAAAUACCCAAUGCAGUAAUCUUGGACCAGUACAACAACCCUUGCAACCCAUUGGCGCACUAUGACACCACGGCCGAAGAGAUCCUGUGGUCUCUGGACGACUCCGUGGACAUGGUGGUAAUAGGCGCGGGUACCAGCGGCACGGUAUCAGGCGUCGGAAACAAGAUCAAGGAGCGCUGCCCCAACUGCAUCGUGGUGGCGAUCGACCCCUACGGAUCCAUCCUCGCCACGCCAGAAGACCUCAACAAGACAGACGUCACGUAUUACGAGGUGGAAGGCAUCGGUUACGAUUUCUUCCCGAAGACGCUGGACCGCGCGGUCGUCGACAAAUGGCUGAAGUCCGAGGACAGCGAGGCCUUGAAGAUGUCCCGCAGGCUCAUCAGGGAAGAAGGCUUACUUUGCGGUGGUAGCAGUGGCGCGGCAGUAUGGGGCGCAAUACAGGCCGCCAAGAGUCUUCGCGCCGGCCAGCGCUGCGUGGUGUUGCUGCCUGACAACGUGCGCAACUACAUGACCAAGUUCAUCUCCGACCAGUGGAUGGAGGCGCGCGGCUUCAAGGACGUCGCGCCCAACGAUAAGCUAUGGUGGUGGGGCAACACCGUGACAGAAGACAUACCGCAGCCAGCGCACAGCACCCCGCACAGCGCCACGCCCACCGAGGCGUUCGCCACGCUACGGAAGACGCACGCGCCGCUCCUCACCAUUGUCAAUGACAAAGGGGGCAUAGUGGGAGUGUUCACGGCGGACUAUGCGCGCCGCAGAGUGGCCGCGCUCGCAGGAUCUACCGAGGAGGGCCUGGACAAGUUCACAGUGAAGAAGUACUACAGCGUGGAUCUGGCCAAGCCAUCCACGCUGGGACACGUGUCGCGCUUACUCGAUAUUGCACCUUUCGUCGUUGCCGUUAAAACAGAUUCCUCAGACAACAUCCAGAGGCCCGUGGGAGUCAUAACGUCAGAAGACUUGUUAGUAUACAUUAAAGCGAAAGCAAGUAAAUGAUCGCCAAUAAUAUGUGAAGACGAAAUACUAAGGCAAGAAACUUGUGCCACAUCGAAACUAGUAUAGCGGAAAUCAUGGUACUAUUUAAUCAAAUGAUGUGUUUUGUAUGAACAAUAGGAUAAGUAGAAAAUAUUAUUGGUUUAAUCUAGACCGCCUUUAGGAUAUAUUGACAUAUUUCGUGGCAUUACUACGAAGUGCUUCCCUUUUGUGUAGGUCCAAAUGUAUGAAAUAAAGUGUGUUAUUAUACUUAGAUGCAAUAGUCCUUGACAUUCCUUAUUGGCAUUUAACUACAAUUGUUAUGAAUUUUUAUUUAUAAUACUCC